AUGGCCAAAAAUCACCCCUCCUGGAGUCUGGGCAUCCCAGGCCCGGACACGCCCGCAUCUCCGCGUACUCUGCGAACGCUGCGCAAGAUCCAAUCUCACCAAGUGCUGUCCAGCUCCAGCGCACUGAUUGCCCAGACACAAAGCUCUCACUUGGGUGGCCAUCCUGCAGAUGCUGACUUGGCCGGAGUUCCAGGCUCUGCAACAAGAGCGCGCGCCCAUCGCCGAGCUCGAUCAAACAGUGAUGCGUCGACCCGUGAAGUUGUUGCGACACCACCGACAACACAGCGACGACCCGCGCGCAAAACAGGAUCUGGCAUUGGAUUGAAGAGAUCGCUGUUAGAAAACUAUUUGCGAGAUGGACCCCCAAGUGGAAAUCCCCGUGAGGGCCUUCAAGAGCUCAAAUACCUGGUUCUUUCCAGCAGGGUGGAUGCUGACGGAGAUGGCAUGUCGCCUUAUCGAAUCUAUCUCUGGUUAAUACUUCUUGACAUACCCCCCAUGCCUACCGACGACUACCUCACUCUCAUCCACCGUGGUCGAUCUCCUGCUUACGCCAAAAUUCGCAAUGACACUUUCCGCACUUUGGCCACCGACCCUCUCUUCAAACGAAGAGUCACUGAAGCAAGUCUCAUCCGCUUGCUUAAUGCUGUUGCAUGGAAGCUUCAUGACGCCCGACCAAAACCUCGGUCUCGACCGACCUCGUCUCGACGCCGUGAAAUGGAGCUUUUAGUCAACACACCCCCUAGCAUUGCAGAAGAACCACCUUCGGUCUUUGGUGGAGAGCUGGAGAAGAACAAAAGUACCCCCACGACUGACUCAGCAAUGUAUGUUCAGGGUAUGAAUGUACUAUGUGCGCCUUUCCUGUACGCUGCCCGCAGUGAGGUUGAAGCAUUCGCUCUCUUCCACUACUUUGUCACGCGCGAGUGUCCUGGUUACAUCCGCGGAGCCAUGGACGGGGUUCACAAAGGACUUCGUUUGGUCGACAGAUGUCUUGAGAUUGUGGAACCAAAGCUUGCAGCUUACCUCUUUUCCAAGGGUAUGCAUGCUGAGCUAUAUGCUUUCCCCUCGGUCUUGACUCUCUGCGCUUGUACUCCCCCACUGCCAGAGGUCUUGCAUUUGUGGGAUUUCUUGUUUGCAUACGGUGCACAUUUAAACAUCCUGUGCAUUGUUGCCCAGCUAAUACGCAUGCGUGAUAUGAUUUUCGAAAGCCCAAGUCCCAACAAAAUACUUCGCUCUUUCCCACCGCUUGACGCUAAGGAGAUCAUUGCAUUGACUGUUCUUAUUGUGCGUAAGAUCCCCGAAGAUCUUUAUGCGGAGAUGAUCACCCACGCAAAAUAG